GGAAGAGGGAAAAGAGAAAGAGGAGUGGUUGCUGUGGCCAAGAACUGCUGCACACCCACCUUCCACACGCAGGAGAGCUGAAGUGGCCAACACUGGCUAGGCUCUUCCAGAGGAGUGAGACCACCAUGGCUCAGGAGAGGUUCUUCAUCCUCUUUCUACCACUGGUCCUGGUGCUGCUGGUGCUGGGCUAUGUCCAGCCUUCUCUGGCCAAGGAAACGCAGGCUGAGAAGUUCCUGCGGCAGCACAUGGACCCAGACACCUCCACAGUCACUGCCAGCUACUGCAAUAAAAUGAUGAAGCUCCGGAAUAUCAUGGUUGGAAAUUGCAAGCUGGUGAACACGUUUAUCCACGAGCCUCUGCCAGAUGUCCAGGCUGUCUGCUUCCAGGGAAAUGUCCCCUGUAAGAACACGAAGCCCAACUGCCACAAAAGCGGUUCCAAAAUGCGCAUCACUGACUGCCGCCUGAAGGAAGAGGCCAAAUACCCCAAAUGCGAAUACGAGACCCAGCAGCUACGGAAAUCCAUCAUCGUGACCUGUGAAGGGAAUCCAUACGUGCCAGUCCACUUUGACGGUUCUGUGUAGGUCUGCACCUGAGGCCAGAGCAGCGAGAUGUCCCACCUCCCUGUUGUGGCACCUGC